AUGUUUAAUUGUCAAGUUUGUGAUGCUAAAUAUGUAUCAGUGUCUGGUUUGAAUAAGCAUUUAAGAACCAAACAUAAAGAUACUCCGAAAGGACACAAAUGUACAAAAAGUGGUGGAUCCGUAAAAACUGGCCAUGUUUGCCCUUCUAACAUGAAAGUACACAUAGACAAUAAUCAAAUUAAUGUACAAUAUUAUAGUACACACUUAUGGCAUACUAAGGAUAUAGGAAAACUAAGAUUGUUCAAUGAAGAUAGGAGUAAAAUUGCUGGAAAAUUAUCCUUGGGUGUUCCAGUCAAUAGAAUUUUGCAAGAUGUUCGAUCAUCAAACGUUGAGAUGGAUAGUAUUAAAAGAAUUCAUUUGCUUGAAAAAAAAAAUAUAUACAAUAUCAAGGGUGACUUUAAUAUUUCAUAUUCAACAAAAAAUUACCAAAAUGAUGCGAUAAGUGUAGAUCUUUGGGUAAAAGAAAUGAUGAAAAAAGGUGAUGAAAGUCCAAUUUUAUAUUAUAAGCAACAAGGAGUUAAUGAUAAUUGUGUUCCAUGCUUCACUAUGAAUGAUUUUUGUCUUGUAAUAAUGACUCAAUUUCAAUCUGAGUUAUUAUUAAAAUUUGGAAAGGACAAAGUAUGUUUAGAUGGUACGCAUGGACUAAAUGGGUACAAUUUCCAACUGUACACUGUUGUUGUAGUAGAUGAAUACGGAAAUGGAUAUCCGGUAGCCUUUUGUUUUUCCAAUCGAUCUGACACUAACGUAUACAGCCACUUUUUUCAGUGUAUCAAAAAUAUAACUGGUAAUAUUAAUGCAAACAUUUUUAUGUCUGAUGACGAACCGGCAUUUUACAACGCAUUGAAUGCAGUAAUGGGACCUGCAGGAAAACAGCUAUUGUGUACUUGGCAUGUAUUAAGGAACUGGGCAAAAAAUUUAAGAAAGAUUCACUCGAAUGAAAAACAAAAUAUUGUAUUCAAAACUUUAAAAGCUUUAUUAUAUGAAACAGACGAAAACAAUUUUGUGAUUGAGCUGCAAAAGGUAUUAGAUGAUCUUCUAAAUGAUGAAGAUACAGCAGAUUUCGGAAAGUACUUUAAGACUACAUAUUCACAGAGAGCAGAAAAAAGGCAAAAGCUGCAAACGUUUAGAUUUAUCGAUCAAUGCCCUAAUGUCAUUGGUGAGGGACAAAAGUUUUGA